CGCCAAAACACCAUGUACGAAGAUUCGUCGUGGUACAAUGCCUUCGUGCCGCGCUCCUCAUACGCAGCGCCUGACCGGUCCAAGCACCGCCGGCGCGAGUCGCUGCUCAAGCAGCCCAACGGCAGUCAGGCUGACGUCGCACGCGUAGAAGGCAUCCAGGAGAUCAUCGAGGACGAAGAGAAGUCGGCCGGCCCGCCAAAGGCCACGGUUGCGCGGAGGGCCAAGAGCUAUAGUGAUUUCUACGAUGUCGUGAGGGCACAUAUCAAGAAAGAGAGGGGGCUGGAGAGGGAAAAGAGGAGGGAACGGGAGGAGAUGAAGACCGAAUUGGACUUCGGGGAGUGGUAUGGCGGGGUGGGCGAGGAGUUGCUGGAUGCGAGCCAUGAGGAGUACCACUUGUACCGCGACCAGCUUUAUCUCACACGAACCCACCUCGACUCCCUCGUCUCUGAGACUACCUCCACGUUAGACAUACUCUCUUCACUCUCCGAAUCCUUUCAGGCUGUAGAAGCGCAGACCACGGCAUUCAGGACACAAUGCGAGGGCUUGAUAGAAGACCAGAAGCGUAUCACUCAGCUUGCAGACGAUAUGGGCGAAAACCUUCGAUACUAUAUGUACCUGGAACCAACUACGAAGAGGCUGAAUGCUCCAGGUGCUGGAAAUUUUGUCCGGGGAAAAGAGUUUACAGAAAUGCUCUCCAAUCUAGACAAUUGCUUGGAUUAUAUGCAGGGCCAUCCUUCUCACCGCGAGUCUGCAACAUACCGUUCCCGCUACCGCCUACUUCUAACCCGCGCCCUUACUCUCAUUCGCGUACACUUCACCAAUGCCCUCCGUGAGAUCGCUGCAGACGUUGCGAAGCGAAUUGCAGAUCGUCAAUUGAACGAUACGACCAUGUCCGCUUUACUCUACGCCAAAUUCCGGGUAGGCGCACCAGAACUCAAGCGAAUUGGUCUGGAAAUACAAAAGCGUGCUGUGGUGCCCACCAAUUCGGAGCCCGGAGCAGAAGCUGAAUACCAGAGUCUCAUGAACGAGCUGUAUCAGAGCUACUCGACCACUCGAGGUCGUCUAGUCCUACCAAUCGUGACGAAAAAGAUAGGAGACAUUGCGCAGGCACCUAGUUCUUCAAAAGAUCUUGUGUCUUUUGCGCGGAGCAGCAUCAGCUAUAUUCGUGGCAUUUGCUUUGACGAAUAUGAUCUCUGGGCUGAAUGGUUCGACGGGGAAGACGGACUCUACGAUUUUCUCGAGGCAAUAUGCGAGCCGCUAUAUGACCACCUACGGCCAAGGACCAUUCACGAGACCCAAAUCUUGAAACUCUGCGAACUAUGUUCGCUCAUUCAGACGCGGUAUAUGGAAGAAGACGAAGAUGAUGAGGAGGAAGAACCAGACGACACCCGUCGCCUCGACUUCACAGCACUGGUACAUCCCGCGCUUGAAGACGCGCAAACCCGACUUGUGUUCCUGGCUCUCGCAGUCCUGAAGAAUGACAUCGAGGACUUCAAACCGAAACCCGAAGACUUAGAUUAUCCCGCCAAAAACAAGACUGCAGCAACAUCCGGCGCAAAGAGCAAGCAGCCAGCACUCUCUGGCAAGAAGGCUCCUGCGGCCGACGCAACUCCGAUACCCAAAACGCCCAUGGUGGUCGAAGAAGAAGAUGGCGCGGAUUCGCGCUGGAACUUCAACGCCGAGGUCGCGUUCAAAGACUGGUACCCAACUCUACGAAAAGCAAUCUGGUUGCUCAGUAAAAUAUAUCAUCUUGUCCACUCCACCGUCUUCGACGACCUCGCCCACCGCAUCGUCCACAGCACCACCACCUCCCUCCUCUCCGCCGCCUCGCAAAUCUCCACCCGCGCCUCCCCGACCGACGCCUCCCUCUUCCUCAUCAAGCACCUCCUCCUUUUGAAGCAGCAAAUCGUCGCCUUCGACAUCGAAUUCGUCACCCCGGAAACCGACCUCUCCUUCGACUUCGCCUCCAUCAGCAACACGUUCUGGGAGCUCCGCGCGCGCGGCGGCCUCUUCAACCCGCGCAAUCUGGUGCGGAUGGUGGGCGGCGGGCUGAUGCCGCGCGUCGUGGAGAACAUGCUCGAUGCGAAGGCGGAGCUGGAUGCGCGGCUGCGGGGGGCGAUUGCGGAGUUUACGGGCGCGUUUUCGGGGAGGAUGACGGCGGCUAUUUCUGCGCAUACGGAUGGGAAGGGGAAGAGUAAUGGGAAGGGGGCUGGUGCGGAUCCGGGGGAGCUGGUCGCGCAAGUGCGUGAGGCGGUGGAGAAGGAGGUCCCGUUUUUGAGGCAGAAGCUGGAUGCGUAUAUUGAAGAUAGUCGCACGCGGGAGACGCUGGUGGCGGCGGUGUUGGAGAGGGUGGUUGAGGUUUAUGAGGGGUGGGCGGCCACCGUGGCUAGUGAUGUGGGUGGCGGCGCGAAUGGGUCAGGGAUGAGGGGUGGUGGGAAGGCGAAGGGGAAGGGGAGGGAGUCGGAUGUCUGGGACCCAGAUGCGUUCGCUGAGUGGGGCGCCAGCGUGUUCAAGGUUGGGAGAUUAGGGCUUGGGAUUAUGGAGGAAGCGGAUGAGAUGGUGGAGAGUCCAGAGAGUCGGAGUGAGGGUACGGGGACGGGGUACGGGAGGAGUGGAAGUACCUAACCAAAAUAACGGGUUCUGUCUAAGUUACAAAAUGGGAUCAGGGACAUAGGCAGCUCAGCGACUUCACCGAGAGUAUCGAAUCGAUUGCUAUAAGCGCCGUUUUGGCUUCCAACACCUAUCGAAGGGCUUGAGACAGUGGUGGCCAGGCCUUUGUCACGACACUGUAAGUACACUGGCCUCGACAUACCAAUCCACUAUGCCAAACCCAUCCCUACACAUAAUGCGCAAAAGCGCCCUUCCCAUCGCCCUCCUUCUCGUCGAAAUCAUCCACUCUCAGUCCCUGCCGCGCGGCGCGCUGCGACUGAUCCCCAUGCAGCGUGUUAAGAUACUUCUUGAAAGCCGCCGACAUGCGCACAAUGGAGCGGAUGUGCUGGUCCUUGACGAUGAUGCGGGCCUGAUCGUCUUUGUCGCUCUCGACUUCGGCGAGGGCGACGGCGGUUUGGAAAGCUAGAG